AUGGCGGAGGUCAAGAUCCAGGAGGAAGACAUCCCCGACACAUAUCCAGCCACGGUCCACAUCGGCGUCAUAGGCGGCACCGGCCUCGAACACCUCGCGGACUUCCACAAAGCCGCGGUCCUCAACGUCACAACUCCCUACGGCACGCCCUCUUCCGCCAUCACCAUCCUCGAACACCCCUCGCCCUCGACGGGACGACCGAUCCCAAUUGCUUUCCUGGCGCGCCACGGGCCCCACCAUGCCCUCGCGCCGCACGAGGUCCCUUCGCGGGCUAACAUCGCUGCCCUCCGCCACAUCGGCGUGCGGUGCAUCAUUGCCUUCAGCGCCGCCGGGUCGUUGGCCGAGGAGGUCAAGCCGCGCGACUUUGUCGUGCCGGACCAGGUCAUCGAUCGGACCAAGGGCGUGCGGCCGUGGACCUUCUUCGAGGGCGGCGUCGUGUGUCAUGUGCCGUUUGCCGAUCCAUUCGAUAAACGCGUCGGCGAUGUCGUCAGGCGGUGUGGGCAUAGCUUGGAGGGCGAGGGCGUGGUGCUGCAUGAUAAGGGGACUGUGAUCGUCAUGGCAGAGGGACCACAAUUCAGCACGCGGGCCGAGUCGAAUCUAUACCGCAGCUGGGGCGGCACCGUCAUCAACAUGUCGACAUUGCCCGAGGCCAAGCUUGCCGCCGAGGCCGAGAUCGCGUACCAGGUCAUCCUGAUGAGCACGGAUUACGAUUGCUGGCAUGAUGCAAACGAAGACGUCUCGGUCGAGAUGGUCAUGGGGCACAUGCGCGCCAACGCCGUCAACGCCCGGCGCUUCAUCGCCGCCGUGCUCGACGAGCUUUCCAAGGAGGAACAUCUCGACCUGGUGGAGGCGAAGCAUCUCGCUGGUGGCAGGAAGUAUGGCGUGAGUACGUAUCCCGCGGGACGGAGCGAGGAGGCGCUCGAGAAGUUGAGGUGGCUGUUUGAGGGGUAUUUCUGA